CGUGGGCAUGCACUCCGCUGGUGCUCUUGUAGCUGCAGUUGGGUUUUUUUGGAACAAUGGUGAGUGUGAAGGCCUCAGAGGCUCAGUGAGAACAGAAAGCAGCUGUGGGCGGGGCCAAGCCACAUCUGGAUGAAAAACAUCUGGAGCUCUCCCUCUCUCUAAAUGAGCGUUUCUCUGUCCGUCCUGGAGCUGAAGACAGGCUGACAGAGGGACGAUGGCUCCUUGGUGCUGGAGCUUUUGGACCGCCGUGCUGCUGGCUGCGUGGUUUCCUGCUGCAGUGGAGAAUUUCAGCCAUUUGAGCUCCAACCUGUGUAAGUGGUGUGAAGUCUCCAGUCCACUUUGUAAAGACAAGGUCUGCUUCAGUAACUGUACGCUGUCGUCCUUCUGCACCAUUGCUGAGGAGAUCUGUGUCGCCAUAUGGAGGAAGACCAACGAGACAAUGACGGUGCAGACAAUGUGUCAUAAUCCUGCUCUGCCUCUGGAGGGCGUAGAUCCAAACCUGUUGCUGAACUUCACUUCCAGAGAAUGUCAUAUGGUUCCCCAGCCUGCAGAAGACGGAGUCAUGCUGGUCUGUGGGUGCCAGGGUGAGCAUGAGUGCAACGACAAGCUCAUCUUUGACAAGGGAGUCCAUGGUUUCUCCAAGCUCCAAAGUAAAGAUGUGAUUCCAGUGGUGGUCGUUAGUUUGGUUCCUCUUGUCCUUGUGGCUCUAGUUGCCACCGCCGCCUUCUAUUUUUACCGCACACGCCGCCCGGGCAAACCCAGCCCUCCAACGCGGCCUGACUGGCCGGGAAAACGUGCCCCGGAGCUCUACCAGGCUUUGGAUCUGCCGUGUGGAGGUUUGGGACCUAGAGGAGAGCAUGGAGGAGGGAUGCUAGAAUGUGGCAGUGAGAAUGAAAAGCUUCAUACCAAGCUGCCAUCGCUCCAAAAUGACAUUAUCAAUGACAUGUGCAACUGGCAGAAUGAAUUGCCUGAACUGCUGCCAAUCAAACUGGAAAACCUGGUGGGUAAGGGGCGCUUUGCAGAAGUCUGGAGGGCACAUCUCCUGCAGGACGAGACAGAAGGCGUUAGCACUUACGAAGCAGUGGCGGUGAAGGUGUUUCCAGCUGAGGAGUACGCCUCGUGGAGAAACGAGUGCUCCAUCUUCUCUGAUCCAAAACUGGAACAUGAUAACAUAGUUCGAUUCCUCGCUGCUGAAGAACGAGGCUCACCUGGCCACGGCCACGGCCUCAGGAAGUACUGGCUGGUUUUGGCCUAUCACAGCCUUGGGAACUUGCAGGACUUCCUCACAGCAAAUAUACUCAACUGGGAUGAACUUGUUGCCAUGGCGGGCAGCAUAGCGAGAGGAUUAGCUCAUCUCCACAGUGACACAACACCCAAAGGGAUACCCAAGGUUCCAGUUGCCCAUCGGGACCUGAAGAGCAGUAACAUUGUAGUAAAGAGCAGAAAAGAGUGCGCUUUGUGUGACUUUGGUCUGGCGUUACACCUGGAUCUCUCCCUUACUGCAGACGACUAUGCUAACAGUGGACAGGUUGGGACAGCUCGCUACAUGGCUCCAGAGGUACUUGAGUCCAGGGUGAACCUAGAGGACCUUGAGGCUUUUAAACAGAUGGAUGUUUAUUCCAUGGCUCUGGUUUUCUGGGAGAUGGCUUCUCGCUGCGCCGCAGUCGGAGAGGUGAAGAGCUACGAGCCAGCUUUUGGCUCAAAGGUUUGUGAGCAGCCCUGUGUGGACAGUAUGAGAGACCUGGUUCUGAGGGACCGAGGACGACCAGACAUCCCCUCCGCGUGGACCCAACACCAGGGGAUGAGUGUUUUCUGCUCCACCGUCACGGAGUGCUGGGAUCACGACCCCGAGGCCCGGCUGACGGCGCACUGUGUGGUGGAACGCCUGAGCAGCCUGCAGCAGGAGGAGGAGGAGGAGCAAAGACGGCAGGAGGACGGAGGAGGUGAUGCACAGGAGGAGGUGGAGAGGAGAGACGCUGACAAAGAAGCGGAGCGAGGGUGAGAAAAGGACUCGGACACGACGGGCAGUGGUCAGGUUCACAGUGAUGCUC